AUGAUGCGCCACAUGAUCAUGCCUAUCAACCUCAUGCUGCUGCUGCUGCUGCUAGGAAUGGUGCUUCAGCCAGCAGAUGCUCACAUGGAGGAUGCGUACGGUGCCGAUGCUGGUGAACUGUUGCCGCAGGUUUCUGUAGGCAUUCUCCAGCGUGCCCCUUCGUGCACAGAUGCGCAGCGCAUUCCCUCCGGCGCGCAUGUAACCGUCGACCUGCGGCUCUUUACUGACUUUGGAAAGGGAAACAGGAAAGAAGUGCUGUACCGCACGGACAAAAUUGUUAGCGAUAUAGGGAGUGCCGCAUCGCUGCCCGGUCUAGAGUUUGGGCUGCUUGGCGCCUGUGUUGGCGAGANGACAAAAUUGUUAGCGAUAUAG